GCUCCACUGGAGGCAACAAGUCUACGGGGUUCUUUCCGCCGUGUCUGGCGUGUUUUCUAAAGCUCGUAUUUUCAGGGAUCAGAUCUAUAUGGCAGCUCGACCUUCAAAGAGGAGGAUCGAAGGAAGCAUUGUCUCUAGAUGAUUGGCAGCUGAACUCUGACCUCACUCAGACGUGAACAAGCUUUUAUUCGCUUGAAUAAGCGAAGCGGUAUGAAAAUGCUCCUUGACAUCCUUUCGAAGGAGGGAUAGUCGUCCUGCAGUACUCGGAAGGCGUGAGGCAUUAAAGGCUUGGACAGACGGAGAUAAAGCUACAAACCUAGCAAUUUGCAUAUCUGGCAUUUCGCUUGCACUGCAUGCAAAAGUAUACAGUCCGACAUGAUCGCGGGAUGUAUGCAUCCAACUGAAACAUGAUCUGAAGCGAAUAAUGUUUAAUGUUGGGAGAUACGGCAUCACAAGACGCGCAAAAAGAAAUCUGGAUGAGUUGGAUUCAUUACAAAGUAUACUUGUUCACAGUGAUCUUGAACCAGAAUGGUUGGAUGAUGUGCAGAAGAAUGGAGAGCUGUUCUACCUGGAACUGAGUGAAGAUGAAGAGGAUUUACUUAUCCAAGCUAAUUCAACAACAGCACCUUUGAUCAAUCAUGUCCGGUUUAGUGAUAAAGAAGCAGAGAUCAUUACUGAUCACAAAUCAAAAGAACCUUGCAUACAUGAACACAGACUUAAAAAACUUGCUAAUGUUUUAAAAAAGAAAGGCCUAAUACAUGGACAUUCUUGCAGCAAAGUGAAUGAACAGAGAAAUAAUCAGCCACCAAGACCUGUUUCAAUAUUGAAACACCAACCAAACCCUAAAAUUGGGGUAUCGGUACAGCUGUCAUACAAGAAUGUGUAUGUUUAUGUUAAUCCAAAUAAAAUAAACAAUGAAUCACUUGUUGAAGGGACAAGGCUGUUGGAGGCGUAUGUGGGGAUUGUUUAUCAGCCUUCAAGGAAAAAUCCAGCAGAAGGAAAGCAUUUGGACAAAUUCACAGGUGCUAAAACAGCUGAAGAGAAAAUUGUUGUACACAGUUUGAUUCAUGGCAGCGCAGCAAUGAAAAGUGGUCAAAUAUUUAUAGGUGAUGCUCUAAUUGCUGUGAAUGAUGUGGAAGUAACCACUGAGAACAUAGAACGUGUCUUAUCAUGUACUCCAGGUCCAAUCCAGGUGAAACUCACAUUUGAAACUUUAAGCCAUGAUCAAGUACAAGCUGACAUGUCUUUCGAACACAACGCUAAACCAGUUCCCAGUGGUACCAAUCUGGUGAAACUGUUAUGGGGUCAAGACACUGCAGAUCUUCAAAUGGAUAUUGGCAAAGUUUCUCAUAUUGCAAUGUAUUUAACUUUAAAGAUGGAAUCUGAAGACUCCAAGGAAGAGCAAGAAAUCCUUUACCAUUAUCCAAUGUCCGAAGCAUCCCAAAAGUUGAAAAAUGUCCGGGGAAUAUUUAUAACCCUCUGUGAUAUGCUGGAAAAUAUAACAGGGGGACAAAUUAUCAGUACUUCAUUGUUGCUGAAUGAAAAACUUAUUAAUGUAGGAUAUUGGAAAGAAGGUAGCAACCUGCUACUCAUAGGACUACCAGCUGAAAGGGUUCCUCUUCCACAGCUAAGAAACAUGAUCAAGAAUCUUGUGAGAACCUUACAGUACAUGUACAGCUCACUAGAUAGUGCCUUUUGCAAGUUGGAGAAUUUUCCCCGAUUAGACCACUUUUUCAAUCUGUACUUCCAACGUGCCAUUCAGCCGGCAAAGUUAAACUGCAGCACCAGUCCCAGUUCCCAGCUUUAUAGUAGUUCGACAACUUUGUUUUUAGACAGUCUACCUGGAGUUCGCUGGCUUACAUUACCCCAGGAUAUUAAGAUGGAUAUUGAUACCACACUAAGUGAUCUAGAAUCAGCAGACUUUGGAGAAUUGUCUGAAGAUUAUUAUGAUAUGCAACGAUUAUAUGUGAUUCUGGGCUCCUGUCUGUUCUUCAAGGGUUAUUUGAUUGGCAAUCAUUUGCCCAAAGAUGACCUCCUUGACAUCGCACUUUAUUGCCAGCAUUAUUGCUUGCUACCCCUAGCAGCAGAGAAACGGAUUGGUCAGCUGGUCAUAUGGCGUGAAGUGUUUCCAUAUAGAUACACUGUAUCAAGUAAUGAACCAAUCAUUGAGGGUUACCAGGAACCAAAAGGAAGAUACUUUUUGCUGAUUGUUGGUUUGAGGCACUUUAUGCUUUGUGUGGUGCUGGAAGCAGGAGGAUGUGCAUCCAAAGCAAUUGGAAAUCCGGGGCCAGACAGUAUUUAUGUUGACCAAGUUAAAACAACCUUAUUUCAGCUUGAGGGACUAGAAGCCAGUAUACAAGAUAGGCUGGCCAGUCCUUCCACUCCAUACUUAUCAUGUGUUGAUUGGUUCCUCCCUCCUCGUGACAAGUUUGAAAGUAUCAGCAGUUCCCCUAUCAUCAGCAAGUUGCAAGGAUCAUCUAAAUCAACACAAUCUCCAACAAGCCGAAGGACAUUAUUUGGAGACUCCAACCUAAGGAUGCUGAAAUCUAGUCCUCCAGGGAGCAAUAGUACAUCCGAUAAUGCUGGUGAAAAGCUUGGAGAUGCUGGUUCUUUCAGCAUGGACUUCAAUUCAUAUUUUGCAUCCAGUAAGAUCAAGAAGCAUCUGCGUAGAGAGACUCCAGGUUCUGGUGGAUCUGAGAACAAGAAGAAACAAAGUUUUCCAAAUCCAUUUUUUCUGGGAAGUAUGAAGAAAAGCCUUCCUGAGACAGAGACAGAGGAAAUGUACAAUAUAAAAAAAUUGACAUCUGGCUCAGAAAACACUCUUUUUCACUAUAUUUCUUUAGAAACAGUGCAGGGAAUAUUCAUUACGCCCACACAUACAGAAGUUGCACAUCUUAAUGGUUCUAUUCACUCACAGCUAAUCAAAAACUUCCAUCGUUGUUGCUUAUCAAUACGGUCGGUUUUCCAAAACACUUUGGACAAAUGGGAAAGAUGUCCAGAUAUUAUCCACAAUUCAACUCAAGUAAGCCUCAGGAAAAAUAGCUCAGGACUUGGUCCAGUGAAGGAACAUGGUGUCUUAUUCCAAUGUAGCCCUGAAAACUGGACUGACCAGAAGAAGCCACCACCCAGCACAUGUUACUGGGUUGUUGGAAGACUUUUUGUAGAUCUUCAUCCUCAAGAAUUUUAUGUGUGCUUCCAUGAUUCUGUGACAGAGGUUGCUGUAGAGCUUGCUUUCAGACUCUCAUUUGGAUUGAUUACAUAAUGUAUGUUAAUUUACAAAAACCUUUUCUGAGAGCAUUUCAUUAUCACGUUGCAAAAUAUAUGGAAAACGAGGCUCACAAUUCUCUUCAGGAUAUUCCAUUAACUUGAUUCUGCAUUCAAAAUACCAUUGACUAUUUUUGGUGAACCGGUAAAUAAUCAAGCAUUUCAAAAUACAAAUACAACCACAGAGAACACUAGUUGCCCUUAACCCAGUAAUUGACAACACACAACACUCUUGUUUUAUUAAAGGCAAUAGUGAAAAUAUUGUGACCAAUUCAAACAAUGAAACAAUAAAUCUUUGGCUAUACAUAAUUUAAAUGUAAUUGCAAUCUAAAUGGAAGAAUAUAAAUUUGUCAUGUUUUUAUUUCUUACUGAAUUUUGUUUGCCAUAGAUUGAAAAUGAAAUUGAACUAUUACUUGAAAUGUGCCUUUGAAGAUAAUUACAGAUAUUUUCUUUUUGCAUAAAAUAACAUACCUUAAUUGUAAGUUGACUGCUUUGGGAAAGGUAA